CAAAGCCAUAUCUCCUAAUAAUGCUACUCCCUUUGGGGGCCAUUUUCUUUUAAGCCACCACAUCUACAAUUUAUUUUCUGUAGUUUUUAGUCUGAUUAAGUCUCAAAGUGCUCCCCUCAUCUUGAGAGAGUUGUAUGGCAAGUCCCUUACUGUAAUAUAAGAGAGGAAUAGAUGAGAGCAUCAUGAGGUCAAGCUUCUUAUUGAUACAUUGGCAUUACUUCAUGAUCAGCACCAUAAACGUUGCCAUUCAGCAAAAGUUUACUGUGCAUUAUAUUAGUCAGGUUUCUCUUAUGUUCUAGACUGAAACCUCCAUGAAUGUCCUUAAAUCAAAGAGAUGGAGACAUAAAAGAAUUGUUGUUGUCUACUCCAAUAGUGAAGUAAACCCUGAUGAACUAUGAGAGGAGUACUACCAAAGUAACCUCUUUUCUGCCUGGGGAAGGAUCUCCAUGAGGGGCUGUCAAACCUGAGUGUUAGAGUUAACAGGAAGUGCAGCACACUUCUUUGAUUCACUGAUCAUCUUGUGUGUGCCAGAUACUGUGUAUAGUAGACACUGUAGAAACAGUAGUAAAGAAACGUACAGUGGACACAUAGACAAAUGCUUACUAGAUAGCAGAAUAUGCUAAGGCCAGAAUAAAAAUAGAAGAGAGGGGAAAGCAGAGUAGCAGGGGCUAUACUCUCUGUUUGCAGAGAGUUAUCAGGGAUAUUCUUUUCUAGUGAGACUAUCUGAGCAGACGCCUAUGUAAUGAUAAAUCUUUCCAGAAAGCUGCCCGAGCCCCGCUGCCAUGUGGGCGCCUGAAAUAACACACAGAGACUUAUAUUAGUUACAAUGCUGCUGGCCGAUGACUAGGAUUUCUAUCUGAUUGAGGACACUGCUGGAACUCGCCCUCUUUCCAGGAUCCACAGAGAAGGGAGGAGGAGGAAGAGAGCAAUUUCCUGCUUGUCCCUACUUAUAUUCUGAGUCUGCCUGCUAUGUCACUUCCUGUCUGGAUCACAAGACUUCUCUUUACUACAGUCCAGAAUCCUCCUGACUCAUAGUCCCGCCUAACUUGCUUUCCUAUUGGCCACUUUAUUCAACAACCAAUAAGAUAAACAUACAUAGAAGGACUUUCCCCAUCACUCCUAAGAAGUGAUGAGACUAAGAAGCAGGAAGAUUUUCUCGGGUGGGAGGAUCAACAUGAACAUGGGCACAUAGGGUGCAGAUGAUCUUUGGGAAAAACAGCAGGUUUUCUUCUUGACCAUGAGGUAAGAUUGGGAAGAGGAUAUGAUGAAUGGACCAAGUUGUAUAAAGUUCUGUGAACAGCCCUCAUUGUCAGCCUAGAGAAAAUAGGCUGGCUUUGGAGAUGUUUGAAGAGUAAAGGGGUGUCAUUAGGUUUUCUUUGGUUGUUUCAGAUUUGGAUUGAUUUGGUUUUGCUUUUAGAAAUUUAUCUAUAAAAGCAGUAUGAACGAUGAACCUGAAAGAAAAGCAGAAGAAAGUGACUUUUAAGCUAGUUAUUAUUGUAGUGCCUUCGAGAGAUCUUGUGGUCUAUAUUAGAUAAAUAAAGAAUGCGUGGCAGAGACAGUAAGUUCCGGUCUUUCAAAAAGCCUGCUAUCCAGCUUCUGAUGCUUUGUCGAUACCAGAGAGUUGAAGAACAGCUCUGAAGUUUUUACUUGGAUGUCUGAGCUAUGAUCAUGUCAUUGGCCAGCCCAGUGGCCCUCUGGAGGAGAAGCAUAAAACUAAUUUAAUUUGGGCCAGCAGAAAUACAGAUGUGGAAGUCAGAAAACAAGUGGGGAAGAGCUGGCAGAUAAUCCCGUAUACAUUUUUAAAGCAGGAACAGAAAGGAUACAUAUUCUCACCAGGCACUUCUGCGAUCAUUAGUAGAAUGUGGGUUUUGACAAUGCUAAUGGGUUUGAUUCUUGGAAGGCUAUGUAUGACCUCAUGAAGCUGCAUUGUAGUUGGCUUAAAGAAUGAAAGAAAGGGCAUGAGGCUGAGGUCUUCCACCAAAAAACGACUUUGUUCUCUUUGGAAGCUUUGAACCUAUUGGAUUUUUCUUCUUUCUUUUUCUUUUUCUCACUUCAGGCCUGUGUUAGGGACCUGAGAUAGGGGGAUGAAUAGAAAAACAAAUGAAGAUCUUUGUAUUUCUGGUGGGAAAGAGGCCAGGGACAGAAGAGUCUGGUGUUGAUGAGUCGGAGGGCAGGGAACAUUCUCAGUGGCCAGCUGCUGGUCAUGUAAUCCCACUAUUCUAUCUCCAGAAAGGGAAAAAAAAUGACAGUUUGUUAUCUAUUCAGUGAAGAAGCAUGGAAUGGGAAGUCAGUGAAGGAGUGGACUGUGGUAGCACAGUGUGAAUGUAGGUCAAGAAUCUGAGGCAGUAAACUGAUCCUAGUUAGAAAUUGAAGCAUGUAUACCUAAAUUUCUUCAAGCAUAGGGACUGAGGAUAUGCACAGAAGGGACUAUUGACAUAGUAGACAUGGAGUAGUUAAUGAAUGCCCAGAUACUGUCAGCAAGGCCUGAAAUAUAGGUGACUAAUUAGUAUUUGUGAAGCCAAAAUGGUGGUUUGGAGGAUGUGAGAAACCUGAGUUUCUGAGAGCUCAAAGGCAAUGCUUGGGUCCCCUUCAAGGAUAGGAUCCAGGUAGUUAGUGACUGAGGGACCUGACUGCAUGGAGGUGAAAGCUCCAGAUUGUUACCAAGUGUUAAAAGCAGCAGACAAGAGCCUCCAUGUUCAACCCUAAGGACUCUGUAAGAUGCCAGUGUCUCUUGCUUGCAUUGCUGUCUCCGCCCACUGGGGGGCGGGGCUCGAGGACGAGGCUGGUGGCUGUUCGGAAGCCUCGAGAGCCAUCAGUUCCUACCAGACUCUUGCUGGGGAUGCUGUUCACCCCAUGGCUGGGCGCAGGUCUUCAAACGUCUAUCCCCUCCCAGGCAAUAGUGGUGGUGGCCUAGAAGGGCCAGUGCCCAUGCGAGUUGACACUCCAACCUGGUUGAGCAGCCAAGUAGCCACAGGCAGGUUAAUGGUACGGCCAAGUAUCGGACCAGGUAUCUGUCCAGGCCCUGAGGUAUGGGGAGUGCCUCUGGGUCCCUCACCUUAUGAAUUCCGAGGCGGGAUAGCACCCUAUGUCGCUGGUGAGGCAAGGGCCUGGUCCCAGAGUUCCUCUGAGGACGCCUGCCCAGGACCGUACAUCGCCCUGAGAUACAUGCCAAAUUUGGCACUGCCAGAGGAUGUCUCAGCCAUACAGAAAGAGAUGGAGCAGCUGGCCAAGGAGCUGAGACAGAAGAGGAUGACCCUGGGGUACUCACAGGCCGAUGUGGGGUUCGCUGUAGGAGCUAUGUUUGGGAAGGUUCUCAGCCAGACGACCAUAUGCCGCUUCGAGGCCCAGCAGCUCAGCCUUGCCAACAUGUGGAAGCUGCGACCCCUGCUGAAAAUGUGGCUAGAGGAAGUAGAUGAGAAGAACCUUCUGGGCAUAUGCAGAAUGGAGAUGAUCCUGCAGCAGGCCCGGAAGCGGAGACGUGCUAGCAGAGAGAGACGCAUUGGGAGCAAUCUGGAGAAACUGUUUUUACAGUGUCCAGAGCCCACGCCCCAGCAAAUCAGCUAUAUUGCUGGGCGUCUCCGGCUGCAGAAGGACCUGGUCCAAGUGUGGUUUUCUAACCGGAACCAGAUGGGCAGUUGGCCAACCAAUGAUACCUCCAGGAGAGAGAAUGUGGGGGCAAUUGGACCUCCCUUCCCAGGGCCACCAGUGUGCUUUCCUCUGGCACCAGGGCUCCAUUUUGAUUUUCCCCACUAUGGGGGGUCAUGUCUUACACCCCUGUACUCCUCUCCCCCAUUUCCUGUGCGAGGAGCCCUUCUGUCUGCCCCAGCCACCACUCUGGGCCUCCCCAGGCUGUCAAGCUGAGGGGCCUACCCUGCAGGGGAAGAUCAGAGAAUAGAGGGGAGGGGGCUUGUUUCCCAGGUUUUAGCCUUCAGUUCUCUGCCUAAAGAAUUUAAACAAUCUACGGGAGAGGGUGGGAGUUCCUUCAGUAAGGUUGGGAGGGAAGUUAAAGCAUAUCACUAGCUUCAUUUUGUUUUUACCUUUGUUUAUCCCUGGGGUUGGCAUUACAAUAUAUUUGUGGCUUCAACGUUUUGUUUCUUUUUUAUUAUUAAUUAAAGACAUGUCCAUUGUUUCUUAUUGUUUCAGGAAUCACAAAGAGUUUAUUUCUUUAUAAGCACAGUAUAAAAUUAAAAAUUCAAGUCACAGAAAACUACUACACCAGUGUUUAUUAAAAAACAAACAAAACUUUGCACAAACACAAAAUCCAGGAUAACAGUUAUUCCUGGGGAAAGACCUGGAAACGGAAUUGGAAAGUAGCACAAAAGCCCUUUCAGACACACUUUGCACAAAGUGUUUAUCAGAUCUAAGAGUUCUGGGAGAGUUGUUUGGCUCUUUUAGAUGUAGAAUCAUGUCAUCAGCAAAUAGAGAUUUGCUUCUUGCAAGCCCUCUUUCCCGAUCCAGCUUUUCACCUCCAGCCAGCCAGUGUGGUGGGUGGGUAUGAGGGUCUAAGCUCAGUUCUCUGACUUCUCCAGGAAUACACUUCCCUAGCCUUCUUGCUUACCCUGACUGACAUUGAUGUCAUUCUGACCUAAACCUGUUUGUUACUCCCAAAUUCUCUCUUAAUCCAUAGAGCUCCCUUUGGUCUUUGGUAACACUCUUUUACUUUUUUUUGAGCUGAGACCUCUUUUAGGAUCAGGCUUGUAAUAGUUCCCUGGUUGGUUGAAUAGUGGUGGUCAGAUACUGUUUGUCUGGCAAUCCACACUUGGCUCCACAGAACUGUUUCCCAGCAGGCACUGAAACCCCUUUUCCAACCUUUUCCCCAAAGAUUUUUUUUUCAAGCUUUCCACUUUCAUUUUGAUCAAUUAUUAAUCUUCCUGGUUGGGGCUAGGUAAAGUUGCUCAAGGACAGAGCAUGCAAAGGCCCUGGAUUUGACCCCAGCAUUGGAAAAAAAAAAGUUUAAUCUCUUGGCCUUUUGAUUUUCUGCUGCAAACCUGCAUACAGGGUAUAAUAAAACUCCGUCACUGUGGUGUAACUGAGAUAAAGGCUUUUCUGCUUGCUCCUUCUGUUGCCCUGGAAUCUUCAUCAGGAUUCCAAAGGAUUUAUCUAGGGCUUUUGUUUGUUUUUGUUUUUUUAAAACAGGCUUCUCUGUGUAGCCUUGGCUGUCCUGGAACUCAGUCUGUAGACUAGGCUGGCCUCGAGCUCAGAGAUCCAGCUGCUUCUGCCUCUGCCUCCUGAGUGCUGGGAUUAAAGGCAUGCACCACCAUUGCCUGUCUAUUUAGGGUAUUUUCAAAGAUCAUACCUUAAUUACUUUUAUUUUGCACUUUGUUUUCUGAGUUAACUUUGGUUUUUAUUUUUAUUCAUGGCCUUUUCCUGGUUUCUUUUGGUCCUUUUCAUUAAUUCUUUUUUCUAAUGUGUUUUUGAAAUGACUACUUAGUUUACAUGGUGUUUUCUUGUAUUGUUUUGCUCUGUUUUGUGGUGCCUAUUGGAGUGGAGCCUCUGUGGAGCCAAAAGAAGAAGCCAGUGAAAACCACAUCCUUCCCCCAUUCCUCAAUUCCAUGCCUGAUUUUAUCAGCACACACUAGUCAGACAGACCUAAUGCCUCUAGUUAGUAUUUUCUUUCUCUUUGUAGAAACUGAUACUUCACUAGUAAUUAGCAUGCCUGGUUAAGUUUGUCUUAACUGUAAAUUCAGUUUGUACAACUAAAUUAUAAUGUACAACUAUGCUGCCAUCCUAUUCCACCUCUGUGUCAAAAUUCUAAAUGUAAACUCUGUAGCCCUACGCACUCACUCCUUUCCUUCUAUAUGUGUCUAUAUGAAUUUGUGUAUUCUAGAUAUUUAUAUUAGUAGAUUCAUCUCCUUGUUCCCUGUGUCUGGAUUAUUUCAAGGCUUGUAUAUGUUGCAGAAUUUGUCAGAAUUCAUUCCUUUCCAUGGCUGGACAAUAUUCCACUGCAGAAAUACACUAUGAUUUGAGUAUUCACUCAAUACUUUGGUGAUUCUCACCUCUGUCUACCCUGAGAAUAAUGUUGUUGAAUAGAGUUGUAGUAGAGAAUCUAUUGAAUGCCUGUUUUCAGUUCUCUUGAGGAAACACCUAGAAAUGGAAUCGCUGAGUCAUGUGGUUCUAUUAACUUAUUUAUUUUCUUUUAAUAACAUUUGUAUUAAUUCUUUGAGAAUUUCAUUCAAUGUAUUGUUCAUAUUCAUCCCUAGCUCCCAACUCCUCCCUGAUACAUCCCCAUCUCUCUACCUACCCAACUUUAUGUUUUCUCUCAAUGUGUUUUUUUCUUACCCUACGCAGUCUAGUUUAGGUUGCCCAAAUUGUGUUGGGGGGAUGGGGGAGGGCUGCCCUGAAGUGUGGUCAGCCUAUCUGAGGUCAUUAAAAUUGAUUCUCCUUCUCCCAGCAGCUAUUGAAUAUCAAUGGCCCAUCACUCAGGAGUCGGAAUCGGCCCACCUUUCUCCCUCCAUGCUGGGAUAUUUCUCUGCCUUGAGCUUGCAUGGGUCUUGUCGUGCUGUCACAAGCACUGUGAAUUCACAUGUGCAAAUGCCUUGCUAUGAAGUCCAGAGGACACUAUUUCCUUGUCAUCCACUACCACUGGCUCUUACAGUCUUGCCCCACACCUCCUCUUCCAUAAAGACUGCUGAGCCUCCAUAAAGACUGGGAGUGGUUUAAUAUAGAUGUCCCAUUUAGAGAUCAGCAUUCUCCAGUCUCUCACUCCCCAUGUUGGCCUCUGUUAACUGCCAGCUAUUGCAGGGUUAUUAACUUUUUGAGACACUGCCAAAGGUCUUCCUCAGCAGAUGUGCCAUUUUGUAUCUCCUCUAGGAACAUAUAGGGUUGAGUUUCUUCAUAUUUCUGCCAACACUUGUUAUCCCCCUAUUAUUUUUUCCAUUGGAUUCAUCUUAGUAGAUGUGAAGUGAUAGUUCAUUGUGGUUUAUAUUAGCAUUUCUCCAAUGAAUGAUAUUUCACAAAUGAUAUUGAGCUUCUUUUCAUAUGCUAAUUGUCCAUUUGUUUUUUCUCUUCUUUAGAGAAAUGUUGAUUUGAUUAUUUUGCCCAUUUUUAAAUUAGUAUGUCUUUCUUUACAUAUUAUAGAUGUUAAAACCUUUAUUCGAUAUAUAAUUUGCAAACAUUUUCUUUCAUUAUCUGGAUUGUUCUUGUACUCUUCAUAUUGUCAUUUUAAUACACAAAAGUCUUUAAUUUGAUAUGGUGGCCUGGUUAAAUAUACAAGAUAUUGUGAAAUUACAUUAGUUUAUACAGUAUGAUGGAGGAAAAAAUCACAAAAAUACAAAUUGGACUCCUGGGUUCAUUGGAAUGCAAAUUGGUGCCACUGUCAUAAAAGGCUGUCAGAUAAUUCACAUGAAAACCUUUUAAUUUUUCUGUGACCCAUAAUUUUAACAUGUAAGAAUAUUUGUGAGAAGGUACAUGUCUGCAUAGGUAAAAAAAAAUUCAUAGAUAAGAGUAAGUAUUAUAAUAGUGUAUUUGUUAUUUUGACACAGAUCUCACUAUAUAGCCUAGGUUAACUUUGAACUAGGAUUAUACUCUUAUCCCAUCACACUCAACCCUGAGAAAUGUUACUUCUCUCUUUUUAAUUGAAAAUGGAUUUUUAUAAAAUAUAUUCUGAUCAUGGUUUCUCACCUACAACUCCUCCCAGAGACUCUCUACCCACCUAAAUUCAUACCCUUUCAUUAAAAAUCAAAUAGGCAACAACAAGAAAAAAUGAUAGAAUAGUACAGAAUAAGCAAGCAGAAAAAUAAAAAGAGAAAAAUGCACAGAAAGUGUAUACAGACACAGAGACACACACAUUUGCUCAUACAGAAAUCCCACAAAAACACAAAAUUGGAAACCAUAAUAUAUAAGCAAAAGGUAAGGUUAAAGAAAUACCCAGAUAAAGCAUUAUAAGACAGAAAACCUCCAGAAAUACCAUUGAGUUCGUUUUAUGUUGGCCAUCUGCUGAUGAGCAUAGGGCCUGCUCUUGAGUGUGGUUUGUGUACCCCAUGAGACUCCAUUGGGGAAAACUAACUUUUCCUUUUCCUUUGACAUCAGUUGUCAAUUGGAGAUAGCUUACAGUUCAGGGAUGGUGGCUCGUGUCCACUUCUGCCUUGGACCUGUGCUAUCCCUGUGCAUGCUGACACAAUCUGUGAGUUUUUCUGUUUGUAGUCCUGUUGUUUCUGAAAGACCUUGUUUCCUUGGUGUCUUGCAUCUCUAUGGAUACUACUGUCUGUCCACCUUCCCAUCUGCAAUGUUCCCUAAGCACCAAGGGAACAUUGGGAAAUGGUAGAGACAUCCCAUUUAGGACUGUGUGUUCCAAGUUCUUACUCUCCACACAUGUCCAGUUAUCUACUACAAGAGGAAGUUUCUCUGAUGGUGGCUGAGCAAGACACUGAUCUAUGACUAUAAUAGAAUUAAUAGUUAUGUUCUCUUAGCAGAACAGUAGCAUUUGGUUUUCCCCCAGGUCCGUGGCCCAUAUAGUCUCAGGUUCUCGACCACCAAAAGAGUGUGUGGCAUGGAUUCCAUCCCAUUGAAUGGGCCUUGAAUUGAAACAAAGCUAUUUUGGUGUUUAACUUUCUCCUCUGAUAGUAGCUAUGGAGAGAGUGGAGAUCCUUGUCUUUUUCCUCAUUUUUGUGGAAAUACUUUGAGUUUUUCCUCGUUUGGGUUGCUAUCAACUGUGGGUUUGCUGUGUAUUUCCUUUAUUAUUUUGAGGUAUAUCUCUUGUAUCCCUAGUCUCUCCAGGACUUUUACUAUGAAGAAAUGUAGAUGAUUGCGUGAUUUUUGUCUUCCAGUCUGUUUAUUUGGUGGGUUACAUAUAUGAAUGAAUAUAUGUAUAUUCAUCUCCCAACAAUUUGAAGAAAACCUGUAUAAAAUUUAGCAAUCUGGAGUAUACCUUUAUCCAAGUCAUCUUUUCUGUAAAAUAAUCAUUUCUCAUUAUAAAGUACUUCCUUUUUUAUAAAAUACUUCUUAAAAUAAUAAAUGUGUCUUUUCAAUUUUUCUUGCAUUUGUUAUUACCAUAAAAGACAUUUCUCUAAACAAGAGCACUAGGCCAUAUGCAUAUCCCUAUAUACACAUACUCAUAUAUCUAGUAUAUUAGGGGUUAGAAGACAUUGCUACAAAUUAAGAUUUUAGGGAUGUUAAAGAAAAAUGCCCAUUAAUUCAAGAGUGUGGUGUUGCUUAGGAAGUCCAGACACCUGCCAUAUGUUUGUUUUCUUAUACACCAUGGUAAUUUAUAAUUACUAUCUGUGUAUUUAUAUACCUUGUAUAGUUAACCUGUAUUUUGAGUAUAAUAUAACCCAUAUCAUGCCUGUGUUUCAGCAUGUUUAUUUUCAAUUUUAAAAAGUAUUCAAAAAUGCAAAACUCCACUUUCAACACAGAACCUUCCAUGGUUGUCAUUUUUAAAGUAACCAAAAAAAAAAAAAAAAUACAAAUGAGAGCUAUGGAUUUGUAAGUUGAAAGGCAAGGUCAGUUUGUGUGAUUAUAUCUCCAUCCAGUUGAAACCAUCCUGACACUCAGUAGAAUCCUUAAAUCAAGCCCUGGUGACAUCAGAGAGGAACAGCACUACAGGAAGCCCAGGGAGAGGCUCUGUGAAUGACUGCUGAAGGUUGUUGGCCUCUCUACAAGUAGAAGACCUGCUGUGAAUUCUGUGUAGAAUUAGCUGCUUUGGCUUGAACUUGAACAUCUUAGGCUUCCCUCCUCCAAACUUCCAACAAAAUGACAAGUAAAACUGAUUUUACUUACUACUAUUCCCCCCUCCACUGCCAGUAUGCUAAAGUUGAAACUGGAAAAAUUGGGGCCUUCUGAUAAAGUCACUACAUUUCAAAUUCAUUCUUUCUAAAACUGUACAGCUUGUUUGGCCUUCCUUCUGCAAGGGAAUGACUAUAGUUUCCCAAUUAGUCCUCUUUUCUCUUUUAGCAUAUAUAUAGUAGGACCUUUCCUAGUAUUGGAUACAGUUGUCAGAGCAGUAUUAUGACAAACUUAUUUGAUUUAUUGUUUUAGAAUAUAUGAUAAUGGACAAAUUUAAAACUCCUACUGAUUGAGUAGAGUAAAAUCUUCUUUAUGUAACAGAUUUGGAGGUUUUAUUAAAGAUACUUUUAGAGGCUUAGUCAUAAUGGUUAAGAGAAUGAGAGGUGCUCAAAGACAGUUGCCCUCUGUUGUUUUUAUUGUGGUCAUACAAACUAUUUGAGUACUUUUGUUUCUCUGUAAUAUUUUUUAUUUAUUCUUUGAGGUCUUCAUACAGGUAUACCAUCAUUUUUAUCAUCUGCACCCGUGUUCCCACUCCCAAGUCUCCAACACAUUCUGUUCUCAACUUCAUGUCUUGUUCUUUUAUUAUUUUAUAAUCUACUGAAUCCAAUUUAAAAUCCUAAUAUAAAUCUUUUUAGGUGAAAGCAAAUCUGUGUUGGUAUGAUGUUGUAUAAGGCUGUCAAACAAAAUACCCUGUAUUAACUGGCUUAAACAUCAGAAAUCUGUUUCCAUAGUGUUCUAGAGUGUGGAUGUGAGAUCUAGGUGUGGCAUGGUUAUUUAGUUCUUUCUGGGAGCACUGAGAGAAGAUCUAUUCCAGGUUUGUCUCCUUGGCAUCUUUAUUAUCUUCAUCUUUGUAUGAGGCUGUGAGUCUCACUUGUUUAGCUACUCUAAUGAUAUCUUUUAAUUGACUGUAUUUAAAAAGCCUAUCUCUGAACAUAGUCAUAAUUUGGGAUUAAUACCUCAGCAUACAAAUUUUUUGGAGAUCCCAUUCCUCCCAUAAAUAAGCUAAAAUUUAAACUAAAUUGAGAUGUGUGUACAUAGUCACACAAUAGAUGAUUUAUUACAUGGUGUAUGCAUACAUAUACACCAUAAAUGUAUAAGAAUUUGUUUCUGGGUUUCAAUGUAGGUUCAAUAACCUACUGAACCUGUUACUUUAAACAAGUUACUUCAUUCAAGAGCCUUAGUUUGCAUCUAUUAAUAAACAGGAUAAAAAACGGUAAGAAUAAAUCUGGGUACUGUUGAAAUAAAUAUUCAGGAAAUCCAUCUCUCUUAGCACUCAAUAAUUGUUUCUUCAUGGUGUUGCUCUCAUAGUUUAUCUAUGCUUUGCUUAUAGCUCACAAAAAUCAUUCUUCCACAUCUCUGUAAACUUGAAAGCAUUUAACAACUGGCAGCCCAGACUAAGUAAGAGAGCAUAGAGAGUACAGGCGUUAGUCUCAGUUGCCAGAAAGCUUUCAUAAUGGAGAAUUUCAUUGUUGGUCAUAAUGGCUGAAAUACCAGUAUAAAGCUGAAUGUGAUGGCACAGGCCUUUAAUCCCUGAAUUAAGGAGGGUGAGGCAUGCAGAACUCUGUUCAAAGCCAGCCUGAACUGCAUAUUGAGUUCCAGGCCAGCCAGUACUGCAAAGUGAGACUGUCUCAAAAGGGGAGAGGGUAAGAGAGGGAGAUUUAUAGAUUUCCUUAGUUGACAACUAGGUGAUGGGACAAAUGAUAAUGUUUUCACUUGAAGGAGUCAGACUGAACCUUUCAGAAAACCUUAUAGCAUUAUAUAGUUUAAAUAAAUUAUGUCUCUUGUUUCUAGUCUAUAAGUACAUAAUAUGCACAAGUAAAAACAAAGCAACAUACCUAGGAUUGAUAUCAGAGACUAGUGAUGAAGAAUGCAGGUGGGGGCAGAACAGGUGACACUCUCCUCAGACUGUGAGCUGCAGACACUUGUCUUCUUGAUCAGCUGUUUCUGGUUUCCUCCUCCCAAAUACAAGCUUGAUCCUCCCAUUGUUGAUGAAGUCUCUUCAUUGAAUGUUGUUAUCAUGUAGAUGGAGAAAAGUCCAGAUGUCCUCCAAAGUCUGCAUAGUAAAGUUUUGGUCUCCACCUUGAUGGCUGGGAGAUGGUGGUGCCUUUAGGAAGUGCAACAUAAUAGGAGGGCUUUCCAUUUAUUUGGGGCAUACCCUUGAAGGGAUAAUGGGACCUGGCCAUCCCCCUCAUCUUUUUGCAGUCUGGACAUGAGAGGAAUACCUUUGCUAUACCACAUGCCCCUGCCACUACGUGCUGCUUCACCUAAAGCCACAAGCAAGCAGGACUGACUAACUAUGGACUGAACUCUUCAAAUGAAUAAGCCCAGAUCAACCUUUCUCCUCAUGAAUUUAUUAUCUCAGGUAUUUUUUUUACAAUAACAAGAAAUUGUACUAAGAAAAAUAACCACACACUCUCAGGCUUUUCUAAGAUCUGCUAUUCCAGCUUGCUAGAGCUGUCAAGGUACCUCAUAGUAGGUGGCUUAAGCCAGAAGCUAUUGUCCCUGGAGACUGAAAGUCUAAACUGAAUGUGUACGAGGGACUGGUUCUUUGACAAGCAGUAAAGCAAGGGUGUCUUCCCCUAUUUCCUUGCAUGAAGUCACUUCUCUGUGACUCCUGGGACAUCUUCCUUCUAUGCAUAUCUUUGCCCACAAUUUCCUACUAUAUAAAGGCACUAAUCAUACUGAUAUGCUUUGUGCCUGGUCUACCCUAAUGACUUCCUUUAAAUUUACCACCUCUAUAAAGACUUCAUCUUCAAGUGAGAUCAUAUUUAAGAUAUGAAAGUUUCGAAUAUAAAUUGGAAGGAACCACAAUUCAACCACUUCCAGGGAAAAUUUAAGUUUGUAUUGGGAAAUACAUAUAAGAGGAUAGUUGGACAGAAGACAGUUGUUCCCUACAAAGGAAUUAAAUAGGAGAUAAAAACAUGAUAAAAAAAGAAAACUCCUUAAAUAUAGAAUCACACUGUUUCAGAACUAUUUUAUUUCUUGACACUUAACUAGAUAAUAUCACUAUUCUAUGGCUAGCUUCUCGGGAAGGUGUGUGUGUGUGUGUGUGUGUGUAUGUGUGUGUGUGUGUGUGUGUGUAUAGGAGGGAUUUCCUGGGAAUCAAAUCCAGAGUUUUGCACAUACUAAACAUACCCUGUACAACUUGGCUAUACCCAUUGUCUCUUCUUUGGAAAUCUGAAAAUGUCUGAACUAAGAACUCUGGGGCUUCCUAUAUACAAACAAUAAAUGGGCUGAGAAAGAAAUCAGAAAAUUAACACUCUUUACAAUAGCCUCAAAUAAUAUAAAAUAUCUCGGUGUAACUCUAACCAAGCAAGUGAAAGACCUGUAUGACAAGAACUUCAAGUCUUUGAAGAAAAUAUCAGAAGAUCAAAAGAUCUCCCAUGCUCAUGGAUUGGUAGAACUAACAUAGUAAAAAUGGAUGUCUUACCAAGAUCAACCUAAAGAUUCAAUGCAGUCCCCACCCAUAUUUCAGCACAAUUCUUUACAGCUCUUGAAAAAACAACACUCAACUUCAUAUGGAAAAAUAAAAAACCCAAACUAGCUAAAAC